AUGAUCACAACCGAAGAGGAUACAAGCAUCGCUCCAUCUGUCAGUAAUACCAUGUUUAACAUGUUGGAGGAGGCCGAACGCUUUAAGGACACGAGAGAAAAUAUGGAAUGGGCCAACCCAGUCUUGGAAAAAUCAUACUACAUGAACAUGAUUGACAAUUCGCCAAAAAUGUUGUGUCUGAUCAGAAUGAUUGAGCAAUGCUUUUUGAAUUUUGAAAAACUUUUAGUAUUCAGCCAAUACCAAGAAACAUUGGACGCUAUCGAGAGAAUUAUUACCAACGUUAAUAUUACUACUGGCCUUCCAUUGGAGGAUGAGUCACAACCUCUCAAACGAAAGUUGAAACGAAACGUUGACUUUUUUAGAUUGGAUGAUACCAUGUCUGUCUCUCUAGGUCAAAGUGUUGUCGAUUCUUUUAACUCUUCCUCUGAUGCUCCGGUACUAUUGAUUAGUACCAAAGUUGGUGCGCUUGGUAUUGAUCUAUCUUCAAGUCAAAAGAUUGUAUUAUUCGAUGUUUGCUGGGAUAACACUUGGGAUAAUCAUGCUGUAUUUAGAUCAUUCAGAUAUGGGCAAACGAAACCUGUGAGCAUUUACAGAUUUGUCAUGGAUAAUACCAUUGAGAGUAAAAUUUUCCAAAGAGUCUCAGCUCGAACAUCCAUGUUCAAGAGUUUAAAAGAGGAGAAGAAGAACUUUGUAGAUAAGGAAGAUUUCUCAGAGUAUUGUCAACCAGCACACAACAUGUCGGCACUAGCAUCUCCAAUCCCAACCACCUUUCAAUGUGACACGUUUCUUGGAAAGGUCAUGUCAAGUGAGCCACGUCUCAGGAAGUAUGUACAAGCAAUUAAUGAGUACGAAUCAUUGUACAUUGAAUUGCUUGAUGAGUUGACGUCCCAAGAUCAAACUGCCUCAAAACAGAAAUAUGAUCAAGAUUUUUCUGAUUUUACUUCAUCUGAGGCACGCAAAUCCUCUAACUACUCGACCUCUUCCUAUGAAGAAAGCAAUCAAAGUGGUAGUACUAGCACUGAAAGUUAUGUUGAUGACUAUGAUGAUACUGACGAAGAGGAAGAAGAUUUUAAUGACGAAGAAUGA